AUGACAUUGUACUUCGCCUACCCCAACGCAGAGUCGGGUGAUUGCAAGUGCUUGGGGCUAAUCUUUUUCGUCAAGGAUUACUAUGGAGAGAAAGUUUUCCCUCCGAUAGGAUGCGUUGGAAUCACGCAGUUUGAGAACCAAGCAAGCAAGACAAACUACUUUUCAAAUGUAGAUAAGGCAAGGUCGUUGCAAAAGCGAUUCAUGGAAGAGGCCGGAGUGGACGUUGUCGGCCGGGUCAAAGCUCUCCUUCAGUCGAUCGUGCCACCAGGUUUGCCUGUUCGCCUCGCGCAGGAGGAUGGGAAAUCGUAUUUUGCUGGCCUUUUGAGACUGAUCAACAGCUCGGCUCUUAUUCACGCAGAUUACGGUCCAUUUGACGGGCCCGGAUGGGAGAUUGGUGCGAUCAAGGCUCAACUUACCUGGAACAUCCUCCUCAAGGAAGUUCGAGGAGGCGAAAGCGUCGUCUACAACCGUUUUUGGAAGGGCAAAGAAGAUGACGACAAGUAUCGGGAUGUCACCAAGAGUUACGGCUAUAGCCGCGACGUUAUCGAUGGGUGCGAGUCUAAGAAAAUCGCGCCAAUCGUCGGCCAGAUUGCGCUCUUCAAUCCAAGGAACUUUCACGAAGUUUUGGCUAUCGAGAACCCAGAAAAGGUUUCCAGGUACACUUUCAGCUCGUUCAUCGGUUACCUCCCACCAACGGCGCCUGAAGGACCUGCCAUCAUUCUGUGGUCCUGA